UCCUGAUAUGGUGUGAUAACAUAGGAGCAUAGGACCUACCUUCCAAUUAUAAAGAGAACUGCAACUACUGAAACUACCUCAUAUCUGAAGCGAAGGGGCUACAAAAAACACUCAAAGACUGACCACCACUACCAUAUGUAUCAUCACUUGAUCCACUAGUACUGAUCCAAAAGCCCCCAAAAUAGAAAUGGGUCAUCACCAAAACAUGCAAAAUCAAGAUACUCACUUGGUUCUAUCCAGUGACCCAAAGCCAAGGCUGAAAUGGACCCCAGAGCUCCACCGGCGAUUCACCGAUGCCGUCUCUCAGCUUGGGGGAGCAGACAAGGCAACACCAAAAGCCUUGAUGAGGAUGAUGGGAAUUCCUGGACUGACUUUGUACCAUUUAAAGAGCCAUUUACAGAAAUAUAGGUUGGGGAAAAGCAACCAAUCAGAGACCUAUCAUGAAAUCAACCAACAAGAUUACAAAGGGAAUCAGACAAGAGAUGCUGAAUUUCUGAGUGGGGAAGUUGGUGAUCAAAUCCAGAACCCUAAUAAUGAAAGCUUGAAGAUAGCUCAGACUCUACAAAUGCAAAUGGAGGUUCAGAGGAAACUUCAUGAACAAAUUGAGGUUCAAAGGCAUUUGCAGCUGAGAAUUGAGGCGCAAGGGAAGUACUUGCAAUCAGUACUAAAGAAAGCACAAGAAACACUUUCAGGGUACAGCAAUUCAUCAUCUCCGAUCGGGGUGGAAGUAGCAAAAGCCGAGCUGUCUCAAUUAGUCUCAAUGGUUGACAAUGGGGCCCCCAGCUCAUCGUUCUCGGUACUAACAGAGGAGAAGAGUGGAAAUAGCAAUUCUGUGGUGCUUCCGCUGAUGGAUCUGCAUCCGGACCGGUCGAAAAAAGGUGCGCCUAGCAAUCAAGGGAGUGGGAGGAAGAGGAGUGGGAGCACCAUUUCUGAUGGGAAUAAUUGUGGUGAGCGAAAAAUGGGGAAAAAAAGUGGGGGCCAGUUGGGAAGGUUUGAUUUGAAUAGCCAAUAUUAUGUGAAUGAGCUGGAUUCAGGGUCAAAAGCAAUAGACUUGAACUGAGGAGGAGGGGGGGGAAUUUGUAAGGAAAUUGAUAGAAGAGGGGUUUAAGGGAGAUAUUUAUAUAGUUAAUGCAUUGGUUUUUAUAACUUGGGAGUAUAUAUUGUUUGUAAAAAUCAUGCGUAUCGUAGUGUUUUGGACCCCGAAUCACUUUCGAAAGUAUAUCCAUGUUGAAAGGUAAUAAUAUACUUUUGUAGCGCUCUCUCUCUCU